AGCUUCUGGGGACGUCAAGUUCUAUAUAUUACAUAGUCUGACGUUCACUUCAAUUAUAAAGCUCGGAAGAGCCAGGAGGGUGAGUAAAUUAUGGGAUACUUUUCAUUUUUAGGAGAACUAACCCACACACAAAUGACAUUUCUGUGAUCAUUUACUCUCCUAAUUUUUAAACUCUUAUGAUUUUUGUCUUUUACUUUUUUCGCGGAACACAAAAGGAGAUAUUUUGAGGAAUGUCCUGGCUGCUCUUUUCAGUAUAAUUAAAGUGAAGGGGUCUGGGGGCUGUCGAGCUCCAAAAUGAUGAAAAAGCUUGAUAAAAGUGGUCCAUAUGAUUCGAGGAUUGUGCUGGUUCGGUUUACAUGAAUUAAGGGAGUCUGGUGACCCAUUCACUUUGUGUCUCUAGGCCUUUAGAGGUGGUGAGCAGUGAUGUAUUCAUAAACAUAAACUACAGCAUAGUCAGCAGUAUGUUAGAACAGGUGUAAGAACACCAGACUGUAAGAGUCUAACAUGUUCCAUGAAGGGAGUUCCCUAGAAAAGGGCAGUGCUGUUAUUUGCAUCCCUGGUUUCAUCAGUAUUGAGCAACUUCCUUUUUGACCAUCAUUGUUGUCAUCAACAGUCAUGGUUCCAUGAUGUUUCAUAUCUGACAUCUGCAAUUUCAAGUUAUUUUGUGGAAGCCGUGAUACAUUUGUUCCAUUCUGCUAAGGUGGAUCAGCUUUGCGAUUGCGAACACACACUCUCUCUGACCUUUGCAGCCAAUAAAAACAUGGGAAGCAUUCCAGGAAUUCUCUAGUCUAAUAGAAACUGCUCUCAAAGUAUGUCACGAUGAUGGUUGCAGUAGGUCGUUGUUAAGCGACACGUUUGGCUUCAAACCAAUGUGAACAAGUUAAAAUAAUUCAAUGUGAGUGAUUCAGCCCUUAUUUUGUAUUUACAAUAAAGAUAUUAACUGAAUCAACCUUGCUAAUUAUGAACUUUGGAAUCGGGUUUGCCCUUAAAACCCUCUCUUGUACUGAUAAUGGCUUGACUCGUCGUCAAUGUUUGGUUUCACUCAACGAAUGUCUGCUGCGAGACGCGUGUUGUCAGACUGUUUAUUGGUGGUGAGCCGUUGACGAGGAAGUGUCGGGUAUCAGUGUUGUCACGCGCUGGCUCCGCCCCCUUGUACCUGUAUGGCAGGAAUUCAGCAGGUGCGAGCAUGUUCAACUAGAGCGAGAGCUGACAAACAACAGCCGAGGGAGGCCCUCAAAAACUGGCACUGUUCGUCUGAACCGGUUUCUUUUGGUGAAAACAGACAUGGAGGAGAUGACGAUAUGGGAGCAGCACACGGUCACGUUAACGAAAGAUUCCAAGGUCGGCUUCGGUUUUGCGGUCUCAGGUGGGCUAGACAAGCCCAACCCAGUAAACGGGGACACGGCAGUGGUGGUCUCUGAUGUGCUUCCCAGCGGCCCCGCCAUGGGCCGUCUUCAUACACGAGAUCAGAUAGCUAUGGUGAAUGGUGUUUCCAUGGACAAUGUCACCUCACACUACACUAUUCAAAAUCUGAGGAAAUGUGGGAAAUUGGCAAACAUUACCGUGAAGAGGCCACGCACAAUUCAGAUCCCUGCGAGCAACAGACCGACUCGUUCUGCCUCACAAUCCAACAUACUAGAUGAAGAAGGACCUCGGAACAGAGGUCAGCGUGACGCUGACACCAGCCGUAACCGACGAACUCGAAGCGUGACACCUGACCGCAACGGCCAUGACCUCCCCAUCAUGUCCGGCUUCAAGAGGCUACCCAGUCAGGAUGUGCAAAACAAACCCAUCAGAACAACCCUGAUCAAGAAAAAACCCACAGAUGAGUACGGAAUGAAGCUGGGGAGCCAGAUUUUCAUCAAGCACAUGACUCCCACCGGUCUAGCUGCCAAAGAGGGCACCCUUCAGGAAGGAGAUCUUGUUUUAAAGAUUAACGGCAUGACGACAGAAAAUCUGUCCCUGCUGGAGACCAAGCACCUAGUGGAGAAGUCUAGAGGUAAACUGACCAUGUUGGUGUUGAGGGACGACAGAAAGUUCCUGGUCAGCAUUCCUGAAGUGGAGGACAGUCCUCAAAACAGCGCGGACGAGAGGAGGGAAGACAGUAGCUCCGAGCUGGAGGAAAUCUCAGACCUGGAUUCUGACGACCCCAUAAAUCGAAAAUCCCGCCCAAGAGAACGACGUUCUCGAAGAAGUCGUGCCAAUCCUGUCUCUAAACCACGCGAAUCUCCCCCUUUGCGCUCUACAAGACCGCCCGCCCAGUUGAUCCCCCCUCGCAGAGUUCCCUCUGAGUCUGAAUCGGACCGCAGCAACUCGCCUCCACCGUCAAGACACGACACUCUCGACAACAGAGACCGAUACAAGGUUCUCUCCGGGAUCUCCACAUUGCCAAACCCUCGAGCCUCACCCGUCACCCAGAACUGGAACCCCUCCACUGCCUCACGGCCACGCAGAGCUGUUUCUGAGUCAGAUUCAGACCGGAGUGCCUCUCCGCCCCCCAGACGUGAGAGUCCCAGACCUGAAAAUAACUCCAGAUACAAGGUGCUUCCCGAUCUCCCUCCUCCAGGAACGAAGUCUUCCUCUCUUAGCAUGUCUCAGGAUUUCCCCCGACGCAUGGCCUCCCCUUACAGGGCUCCACCCAGAGCUGCAUCAGAGUCCGAAUCGGACGAUAGUACCGGACCUCGCCGACAGGGGACUCCAGCCAGCCAGGAGUCCCGCAAUAGAUACAGGGCGACCCCAGAGGUCACAGCAGUCCCUGUAAUGGAACCCCCAAAAUGGGCGAAACCCUCAACGCCUGUACAGAGAGCUCCUUCAGAAUCCGAGUCAGAUGCAAGUUACAACACUCCUCCGAGAUUACAGUCUCCAGUCAGUAAAAACUCGAGAAUCAGACAAGGGGCUGAAAUGCAAGUGCCAAUCAUCAACAACCGACAAGAUCCCCCACUCAGAUCCGCUCCUGCCAGACCACCACCCGAAUAUUCCUCUGAAUCAGAAAGGGCCCCGUCACCUCCCAGGAGAUCUGACAGUCCCAUCCACAACAGCGAUCACAGUUUCCCACAUGCUAAUGGCACUCUCCGCUCCAACAUAUCCAUUCCCAACCACACCACGUUGAAAUCGAAACCUGUAGAGGAGCCACUUUAUUCACUUCCACCAGACGCAGUGCCAACACCAAACGUGGGGUACAGCUCGGACCGCAACCACAUCAGCUUUGUGAAGGAGGGCAACGUUGGUUUGAGGCUAGUGGGAGGAAAUGAUGUCGGCAUCUUUGUUGGUGGUGUCCAGCCCAACAGUCCAGCCCAGAGGCAAGGCAUGACGGAGGGUGAUCAGAUACUAGAGGUAAACGGUGCAGACUUUAACCAAUUCACUAGAGAGGAGGCAGCUAUGUACCUCAUGAACAUCCACGCUGGGGAGCGAAUCGAUAUUCGGACUCAGAACAAAAUGGACAUCUACAAGAAGAUUUUGAAAUCCAGCCUCGGUGACUCUUUCUACAUCCGUACACACUUUGACCAUGUGGCUGAGAGCAGUGUCGGCUUGAGCUUUACCAGAGGUGAGGUGUUCAGAGUGGUGGACACUAUGUAUCGCGGAAAGCUGGGAAACUGGCUAGCUGUGCGCAUGGGCAAUGAUCUACACGAACUGGACAAAGGCGCCAUUCCUAACCUGUCCAGGGCUGAAACUCUGGCCACUUUGGAGCAGGCACAGAGAAUAAGUGCGGCAGAGCGCCAAGCAUCCGGCCCCAGAGCCGAAUUCUGGAAGCUACGGGGCUUAAGAGGGGCCAAAAAGAAUACCAGAAGAACCCGCGAUGACCUCCUACAGUUAACGAUUCAGGGCAAAUUUCCAGCAUAUGAGAAGGUCCUGCUUAGAGAAGCCAAUUUCAAACGGCCAAUUGUCAUUUUGGGUCCUCUGAAUGACAUUGCAAAUGAGAAGCUGGCCCGAGAGUUGCCUGAUGAAUUUGAAGUUGCAGAAAUGGUUGCCAGGAGUGGAGGUGAUAGUGCAUCCAGUGUCAUAAAACUAGACACAGUUAGGCGGAUAGCAGAGCUGGAAAAGCAUCCCCUGCUGGAUAUUACACCAACUGCAGUAGAAAGAUUGAAUUACAUCCAAUACCAUCCCAUGGUGCUCUUCUUGGAUCCUCAUAGUCGGAAGGACGUGAAGGCCAUGAGGCAAAAAUACAUGCCAGACUCCAACAAGAGCUCUCGUCGUCUCUACGCUCAGGCCUUAAAGCUAAGGAAACACUAUAGCCAUCUGUUUUCUGCACGCAUUGAUCUUGAGCCUAAUACAAAUAUUUGGUAUGACAUUUUGAAAGACAAGAUUCGUCAGCAGCAGUCUAAACCCGUCUGGGUUUCAGAAGUAGCGUUGGAGGGAGGCACCGACGAGGAGCUUGAUGCAUUGAGCCGUGCAAACAACUCUGACUACCUUAGUGGUGCCAGUGACUACGAGGACACUGACGGUGAGGCCUUCACAGAUGGCGAAGCCUACACUGACAAUGAGGACCUGGAAGAGCAAACACAAGGCAUCGCCAGACACCGCAGCAGUGCACUAGCCCGCUCCUCGGAGCCCGCCACUGGGCAGAAUCCCAGUCCUGAACCUUCCUACGACCCAGAGCCAUUCCUGGAGGAAGAGUCCGAGUACACUCUACCUCCUGAUGAAAUACCUCCUAUCCUCCACGUUCCAGAGCCCCGUUCUCCACGCGUUGUCUCUGGCUUUCACCAACAAGAAGACGAUGUCCCCUCGCAGCGCAGCUUCACGGAUUCAGACUUCAGCACUGGCGACAUGGCCGCACCAUCGGCACCUUCCAGUGUGCCGCCCAACUUCACGGCACCAGAUCCCAAAGAUGUCCAUUCAGAGACCCCUCCACUGUCAGCCAUUGAAGAGAAACUACAACAGGCCCGUAUGGCAGAACCAGAAAGGAAACCCUCCCCUUCAUUUGUCGUGUUGGCACAUCACGAAGCCAUGCAAAUUCGGAGAACACAAAUCCAAGGAAGUGACAGUGACAGCGACAGUGAUGAAAACGCCAGAGAUGAUGACGAUUUUGCUAUUGAUGAUGAAGCUGAUGACAUUGAAUGGGGACCUGCCACAGAGCUGUAAUGUACACGGAUUGUACCAACAUCACAAACAGGCACAUGGACCACUCAUGUCUUAUUCUGGACCUGUACAUUUACACAACCAAACUGGAAAUAACUUUUGUGUGCGUUUUUUUUUUUAAGUGUUCCUAUGGACUUGUUAUAGAAAACUAUAGAUUUAAAUAGAAUAAAUAGAUUUAUUUUGAAGAUUUGUUACCAGAAUGGCUUCCUUUUGUGGGUUUGUUGUAACGGAUGUGCUGAGGUCUUCCUCGGGAUUAUUUCCAAAAGAAAUAUUACCAGUUGUAAUAAAGACCACCUGGGUAUAUUUUACCCUUUUCAGUAA